AUGCCGGAGUUGGACGUCCAUACUAUCUGCGACCUUCCUCCUGAGCUGCUUCUCCAAGUGGCCCAACACAUAUCCUUCAAAGACCACGCUCGAUGGCUCCUGGCAGAUCGACGACAUACGAGCUGUCUUUGCCCUAUCUUGUAUCUCAGGCUGCUACCAUCAAGGACAGCGGCCUCAAGCUCGGGUGGGAAUGCUACUCAGAUUACCCGACAAGAUGUGGUGUGGUGGGCAGUAGAGCAUGGGCUCGUCUGUACCUUGGAGAAUGUCGACAAGGUUGAGGACAUGGCAUCCUUCUUCGACACAACUCUGACUUCAAGUGCGGCUGGUCUCGAGUUAACGCCCAUCCACCAAGCUGCCCUCUGCGGACACACACCUGUCAUCGACUAUUUGCUGCAAAAGGGGGCGAAUGUCAACGCCAGCACCACAAAUGGCUUCCUUCCCAUGCAUUUGGCUAGGACAGGUGAGGUGGUACACCUACUUGCUGACCGUGGCGGGCGGCUUGAUCACUAUGUCACUGAAUCCGGUAUGUCGGCUCUGACAAGCAGCAUCUCCAACAAGUGCGAGCCCAGCGCUGUCACCGCGCACCUCCAGCUCGGGGCAGAUCCAAACCAUGUCGCCCAGGACGGCACAACGGCUGCCGAAAUCGCAAUUGUACAAGGCUACGUUGAUGCUCUUCGUAUCCUUCUCGAUUUCGGCGUCGAUGCGAACAAGCCUCUUCCAAAUGGAGGUUCCCUGCUAUACAGAGCCAUAUGGCUUGGGGGGAGAGAUCACAAUGCCGAAAUGGCCACAACUAUGGCCACCAUGCUCCUGGAUCGAGGAGCAUCUCCCAACAGCGGCCUCGAUUCAGCAUUGGACGCCUUACACAACAGCGAACCAUGCCAUACACCGAUUUUGUUUCUGGCCGUGAUGAUGCCAUCUUCCGUUGACUUGGUUCAGCUGCUUCUGGAGAGAGGCGCAGAUCAGUCCAUGCCAUAUACUAGGUAUAGAGAUCCCUUCUACACGGCUGAGAAGCCACUCCGUGGAUUCGAACAGGCCUAUGAUAAAUCCCUUGUCGCCAACCUUGUUGCUGCCAUGGUCAAUUCCGGGGCUUAUCCUCCAGACCCUGAGGGUAUCCGAAAACUAGAGCUAUUGAUCCAGUACGGCGGCAACAUCGACACGACAAUUCAGGACCAAACGUUGCUGCAGUAUAGUCUGCGUCAGGAUGGCUCACAAGCCGAGAAGGCCUUGGACAUAGUCCAACCCCUCAUCGCACUCGGCGCUGAUGUAACCCGUGUCGACUCGGAAGGCAAUAGCACUCUCCACCUCCUGUGCGGGAGCUUCUUCCACCGAGUCCAACGGCGUUGGGACUAUUCUCGUAGCAUAUGGUGCACUAUGCUGCUCCGGCCGUCGCCCCUCUCUUCGCUUAUCGACGUGCUUGUGGAUCGGGGUGCCGACCCUAACGCAAAGGACGCUCAUGGAAGGACUCCCUUGAUUCUUCUAUGCAGGCAUGCGCACACAGUCGCAACGGCAUUGCUGAUAAAUGUUCUCAUACAGCAUUGGCGUGUCGACGUCAACGCCGUAGACAGGCGAGGCUGGAACGCGCUGCACUACGCUACCGGAGAACCGGCGGACCCGUUCCACCACGAACCCUGCUUCCGCCUGCAGGUGCUCUUGAGCCGCGGCAAUGAGAGAGCGGCCUUUGGUGCGAAUGAUCUGAAUGCUUACAGUGCGUCUGGGCGUACGCCUCUCCACCUGUUACUCGAAGCGCGAGAUAGGCCAUCGGGCCGACGCGACGAGGAGAUGCAACGGCGGAUGAUGACCAAGACAAGGGCUCUGACAAUGUUAAUACGGGCCGGCGCCGAUGUGCGAGCGCGAACACGCCGGUCAUCAGAAGCUAGUAUUUCAUCGGCCACCAGUGCCGGUGGGGGAGAUACGCCUCUGCACCUGGCAUUGCAGGGCCACGAACUGGAAAUGUCGUUUUCCACUCGGCUUCUUCCCCGCCACGGCGCAACUGCCGACAUCAACUACGUGUCGCCGAGCCUAGGACUGACGCCGCUGAUGAUGGUAGUGGCGGCAGCAGGUCGCGGUGAGUUGUCCCGGAACAUAACCGAGGAAAUGAGUCGCUUGCUGUUGACGGCUGGAGCGGAUGCUCAGAUGCGUGACGCCAAGGGCCGUACUGCUUGGGACAUAUUUGUGGAGCUCAAAGGCCUGCCCUCGUCCAUCUCGCCGUGGACUUUGUGUUUAGAAGGGGUGGCGCCUGGGAAUCUGGGCACUGACAAUAGCCCUGGUCCAAAGGACAGAUCGAUUUUGUAA